CAUUCUUUCCGUAGGCAUGAACUUCUGCUUUUGGAAGCCUUGCGAGAAGGAUUGGAAGAAGAAAUGGCUAGGGAUCCCACUGUAUGUGUAAUGGGUGAAGAUGUCGUCCACUAUGGAGGAUCGUACAAGGUGACCAAGGGCCUGGCUGAUAAGUAUGGGGAUCUCAGGGUUCUUGAUACUCCUAUUAUCGAGAACGCCUUUAUGGGUUUGGGUAUUGGAGCUGCCAUGACUGGUCUCAGACCACUUAUUGAGGGUAUGAACAUGGGAUUUCUCCUUCUAGCUUUUAACCAGAUCUCCAACAACGGUGGCAUGCUCCACUACACUUCUGGUGGUCAGUUUAAAAUCCCAGCAGUUAUCCGUGGCCCGGGUGGAGUGGGAGGGCAACUUGCGGCUGAGCACUCGCAACGUCUUGAGUCCUAUUUUCAAUCUAUUCCCGGGAUCCAAAUGGUUGCAUGCUCGACCCCUUACAAUGCUAAAGGCUUGAUGAAAGCUGCCAUUCGAAGUGAUAACCCAGUGAUUCUGUUUGAGCAUGUGUUGCUAUACAAUCUCAAGGAUAGAAUUCCAGAUGAAGAGUAUGUGUGCAAUCUCGAGGAAGUUGAGAUGGUAAGGCCUGGGGACCAUGUCACUAUUUUGACAUAUUCUCGGAUGAGGUACCAUGUAAUGCAGGCUACCAAAACUUUGGUGAACAAGGGUUACGAUCCCGAAGUGAUUGAUAUUAGGUCGUUGAAGCCAUUUGAUCUUCACACCAUCGGGAACUCAGUGAAGAAAACACACCGCGUGCUGAUUGUGGAGGAGUGCAUGCGGACGGGUGGAAUUGGUGCUAGUUUGACUGCCGCAAUCACUGUGAACUUCCACGAUUAUUUAGAUGCCCCUAUUAUAUGCUUGUCUUCGCAGGAUGUGCCCACUCCAUAUGCUGCAACAUUGGAGGAAGUGACUGUUGUUCAACCUGCCCAGAUUGUGACGGCGGUUGAGCAGCUCUGCCAGUAGGUAAUUGCAGCAGCAUGAAAUUACCUCUCUUUUUUAGCAGCUUUUCUAGCAGUCUCCAGUUAGUUUCAGACUUUGUUAGCAGUUUUGUGUAGUCUGAAUUUGAAACAGUUCAAAGUGGUACAAGCUUGGUUUUUUUAUUAAUCAUAAUCGCAUGUAAGAUCGCGUUUAACCUGUAGGAAGCUUCAAACUAAGGAUUAGCAGUUGAAAUUUACCCAUGUAAUAGAUAGGUCAAAUUGCUAAAUUGACUAUGGGUUCCAAUCUUUUGGUUUUUUUUAUGACAAACAAUGUUAUUAGGUUAAA